GAGAGAGAGAGCGGGGAGAGAGGAAGCCUCAGCAGCCGCUGACUGUUCCCAGUCUGUCCGACAACAGCAACAAAGCAUGUCCGCUCAGCCCGGCGAGGAGCUCGGCUCGGAGGAGAGGUGGUUCGGGGACGAUUACGACAGGAACGGCCUGUUCGGGAACACAUCCGCCCGCUUCGACGAGCUGCGUCACGAAUUGAAGCCGAGAGGUGGUGACGCUGUGGGCGACCUGGAUCAACAAUUUCAUCCUUUCCAGGACGACGGGAAAAGGCCUCCCGUUGCUAUGGAAACUGCCUCUACAGAUGACCCCAUGUCUGGGCUGUUCCAGAAGCCCAUGAAUGAUGACGGUGACGUGUACACCUCGCUGCUCUCUACUCAGAGCCUCACAGCCGGCCGGGAAGCUUCUUACCUGUCGGAUGACCUCAAGUCGUCAAAGCCCUCCUCUGGCUCGUCCCUCUUGGAUCACUUCUCAGAUGACACCUUCAGCUUCAGCUCCAACACCAAGACGACUUCCAACCCAAUGGAUGACGCACCUAAAUCGUACAUGGGCUCAGACAAAACAGAAUCCUACAACUACAUGGAUAUCAGUCACGGCGAGGAGCGAUAUGACCAACAGCAGGGGGCCAACCUAAAUAAGAUCUCAACUGGCCACGACUUACUGGGUGGAUACAUGGAUAAAAGCCCAGAUGGAGAAGAAGACGAGGAAGACGAAGAAGAAAACCUGGGCCCAGCUUUGGGCUCCCACUCUUUCCCUUACGUGGAGGAGCCAUCCGACGAAGAGCCGGCAGACUACCGCUCUUUCCGAAACCUGGGUGGAACCCCUCAGACCGCCAGCCCGGUGAAGAUCACCUUGACGGAGUCGCAGCUUCCGGCCUUCAAGGCCGAGCCUCAGCAAGCUCCAGUCGGCGGGUCUGAGCGUGAAAAUGUCCUGAGCGUGGGCCUGCAGGGCGUUCCCACCGUGACUCUGUCAGAACCAGAGGAUGACAGCCCCGCCUCCACCCCUAAUGCUUCACCAACCCGUAAAGAUUUUUCUUCCAACGACAUGUUCAAGGCUGGAUCGGAGAGGUCUGCAGCUUCUGGGAGAAGUCCAGGCUCAAACCGGGAGCACGACGGCAGCAGCGCCGAGUCUGGAGAUUCAGAGAUAGAGCUGGUGUCUGAAGAGCCUCCCAAGACCAGAAGCAAUCCAUUUGCCGAAGCACCCAAAAGCAAGAGCAGCUCCAACCAGCCCAGCAACCCUUUCGACAACCCCCCAGUCGCCAAAGUGGGAUUUGGCCUUACCGGCGGCCCGGCUCCGCCCACAGCCUACAGCAUCCUUAGGGAGGAGAGAGAGGCCGAGCUCGAUAGCGAUCUGUUCAUCGAGUCUGCGUCUGAGGAGAGCCCCAAGAGAGAGGGCGUUAGUGGCCCCAAACAGGGAGUCACGUCUCCUUCCCCUCUUGUUCCCACCGCCGCUGCCCCCCGCAGUGCCAGUGAGGCAGUGGCCCCAGAGCCCACCAAAGCUGAGAGGGCCAAGCAGCCAAUGAAAACGGAAGAAGAUCGCUUCAGCAAACCUAAGCCCCCAACCGCUGCUGUGCCCCCAGAGGUGCGAUCAGAGCAACCCCACCACGAUGACACGCACAAGCUCAGUAAUGAGGGCAAAGGAAACCUGGGAAAGCCUGCAGCGUCAUUCCUUCUGAAAGAAUUCAGCAAACAAAAAGCAAUCGACCUCCUGUACUGGAGGAACGUGAAGCAGUCCGGCGCCGUGUUCAGCAGUGUGCUUCUGCUCCUGUUCUCCCUGACCCAGUUCAGCGUGGUCAGUGUUGGAGCGUACUUAGCCCUGGCAGCCCUCUCUGCAACCAUUAGCUUCAGGAUCUACAAGUCUGUGCUUCAGGCCGUGCAGAAGACCGAUGAGGGGCAUCCAUUCAAAGCUUACCUGGAGAUGGAAAUCGCUCUAUCUCAGGACCAGAUUAGUAAAUACGCCGACAAAAUCCUGCUGUACUCCAACACCUGUAUGAAGGAGCUCCGCAGGCUGUUCCUUGUACAAGAUCUGAUCGACUCUUUAAAGUUUGCAGUUCUGAUGUGGCUGCUGACCUAUGUGGGCGCACUCUUCAACGGGCUGACACUGCUCAUCUUAGUUGUGGUCUCCAUGUUCACCAUGCCUGUGGUCUACGAGAAACACCAGGCGCAGAUUGAUCAGUACGUGGGACUAAUACGGACCCAGGUCAACUCGGUGGUGGGAAAGAUUCAGGCAAAGAUUCCAGGGACAAAGAGAAAGGAGGAGUAGGCGCAUUCAUCACUGCAAAGCUGACAGUCCAGCUCGGUGAAAGGCUCAAUGCUGGAGGGCCUAAUCUUCAUCUGUGGGGCGUAGUGCUGUGUCAUCUUGGUGUUCUCUGAAAGCAUUCACUGGAGAAGCCAUCACUCUGUCUAAAGCAGUUUAAACACUAACACACAGUUACACGUAUGUGCAUAAUCCUGUUUCUAGAUAGACAAAUACACAAACUCAAAGACAAAAAAAGACUUUUUUGUGUUGCUUAUUACAACGUGCAUGAAGUCAGGCCUUGGGUAAAUAAUAUUUGACAUCUUUUGUGCAUUAAAAAAAGAAGGAAAAAAAAGACUUGCGCUACAUUUUUGCUUUGCAGUGCUGACCAAAAUGUUUGGCACAAAACUUCUGAAUGACCAACUUGCUCCGCUGACAGUGUUAAACAAAACUGCUUCAUGUUUGUGAGUUAGCAGAUGGGGGCUUUUCUUUUUGGUGUUUUCAAGCACAAAUAACUUGUGUCUUAGAUGUGGUUAUCGUAGGGUUUUUGCUUCUGUAUACCAUAAAGAACAAUACAUCCACUCACGUUUAAGUACUGUUGUACAAGUACUAUGAAAACAAGAAGUAUCUGUUGAUAUUUAGCUUGUUUGAUUAACUGUCCAACUUUGUACAAUGUUGAAUUAUACUCCAUAGUUCUUUAGAACCUGGACUCUAACUCUUUGCACUUAACAGUAUGUAUUUAAUUACGAUAAGACAAAUAAAUGUACCUUGAUGUAA